UAUAAAUAUCACCAAAAUAUGCUUUUAUGCCCAUUUUCUUCAAGAAUGGCAGCUAGAGUCAAAACACACACAGUACAACAGCAUUUGGCAACUAUACUGCACACAGCUGACCAACUUUUGGAUAAUUUUAUAUGCAACCCUUGCUUUCAAAUCUAUGCCACUGAUUGAUUAAUUAUCUCCGUAUCAGCUUUAUUGUCCUUUAUUAUCUUUUAUUUCUCUAGAAAUGUUUCUUUUAAAUAAGACUAUACAGCUAUUUCUCUGCUUUACUGCAGCUGGUGAGAACCCAAUGAAAGGGUUUAAUCUGGUGUUAGUAGAGAUCAAAACAUCUCUGAGAGUUGGAAAAACACGCAGCAGAAAAAAUGCAAGAUGCUGAGGAGGUGAAAGAAGGAGAAUGCACACGUGCACAAGAUCACUCAUGGCCAAUCGUGUCCUCGGGAUUUCCUCAGUUUUCUCCUCCUCGUGCCAGUCAGGAUAAAAACCUCACGUUCACUGAAGCACUUUAGGAUAUUUUCCACGGGGAAACUCUCACGAUGCUGCAGCUGUUGGCAUUCCUGGUGGAGAAGCUCUCUCUUCUCUCCAACUUCAAACUUUUUGAGUCCAGUUGGUCGGACGCUGAGGAGAAGGAGUGCCCGGCGCAGCGUGGCCCCCCGCGGCCCCUCCAGAGAGGAGACCUGCUGGAGGUCCCCAGAACCCUUUUCACCCACUACGGCAUUUAUUUAGGUGACAAUAAAGUCGCACACCUGAUCCCAGACAUCCUCCCUGUGUUCACAAACGACACGAAGCUGAUCAGUUCUGUCAUAACCAACAAGAGACUCAUCCUCGGCUGCAUCUACAGGUGCGCCACAGUGCGCGUGGACACAUUGGAGGACUUUGCUUAUGGUUCCAACAUACUGGUUAACCAUGUGGACAAAAUGAUGAAGAAGCCAGCAUUAAACAAUGAAGAUGUCGCCAAGAGAGCUGAGAAACUCAUCGGUGCCAUCCGCUACAGUCUGCUGUGGAAUAACUGCGAACACUUUGUGACAUACUGCAGAUACGGAUCUGCAGCGAGUCGGCAAACAGAGAAGUUUUGCGAGUGCCUAAAAUCAAUCAUCAGAGACCAGCGCAGCGUCAUUGCUACAGGACUGCUCGGAAUGAUCUCCAUUGUCUGUUUCGGCAUGGCACCUUCAACUACAUUACCCACAGUUCUUAUUCCCUUCACGCUCUGGAUGGCUGGUUAAAAAGGAGCUCAGCACAAAGACCUGCAAACAAACUGAAUUGUACUUUUACUCGGCAAAGACUGACCGGAAACCUCCUCAGAAUAGCGUUUCCUCUGCACUCCAUGUCUAUGAUGCCUUAUGAAAAUACUUGGUACUUUCAUUUUAUUAUGUAGAGAAUGUUGUCUGUUUUGUCUUGUUACAUGUACUAAUAGUUUACUACGUGCCUUAUAAGUGUGUGCUCAUAAAACUGGAGGUAAAUAUGUUAAUUCUUUAUAUAAGAAUAUAGUUUGUGAUUCAUUUUUCCUAACAUUCAUGCUUACCACAAAAGUGAAUAUACUGUGGCGAAAUGACAAUAACUGACUAUAUCUUGAGUAUUAUCAUGUAUGUAAAGUUGAUAUUUUAUAGUAGCAUACUUAAUAUA